AUGUUCCGCUUCAUUGCCAUCUGUGCCCUGGCCACCAUUGCCGCCGCCGCUCCGGGAUUCAUUGAGGAGCACCAUGUGGCCGUCGCCCCCGUGGUGGCCAAAGUGGGUGCUGUGGUGCACAGUGCCCCGGUGGCCACUUCCCACCAGAGCUUCACCCAGUUCCACAACCAGGCGGUCCUCACUCCCGUGGUGAAGCAUGUUGCUGUGCCAGCUGUCCCUGUGGUCAAGACUGUGGCCACCCCUGUGGUUCCCGUGGUCAAGAGUGUCUAUCCCGUGGUGCCCGUGGUCAAGCAUGUGGCUCCCAUCGUUCCCGUUGUCAAGCAUGUGGCUCCCGUGGUCUCCGUGCCCGUGGUCAAGACUGUGCCCGUGGUGCAGCACCAGACCUACGUGGCUCCCGCUGUCCACCAUGUCGCCGCCGUGCCCGUCGUGAAGGCCCUGCCCCAUGCCGUCUCCCACCAGAGCCACACCCAGGUGCACCACCAGAAGACCUUCAUCACCCCGGUGGUUGCUCCCCUGCCGGUGGUCAAGACUGUCGCCGUGGCCGCCGCCCCAGUGGCCCAUGUCUACCAUCAUUAG